CUGGUCCAGCUGCAGGCGGCCGACAGCCGGCGGGAGCGGAGAGGACACCGAGGCCGGACCAGGAGCAUCACAGGGCGGCGUCACAAGGACCGGAGCCCCGCCUGGAGGCCAACCGUCCGUCCGCAUCAGUCCGCCUCUCCCGGCUUCACGACGCAAACAUGAACGGAAGAGUCGGAGAUCUGAGUCCAAAACAGGCGGAAGCUUUGGAACAAUUCCGAGCGAGGGUACAAGACAUUCUUCCUCAACUUCCUGCGCAGCAUGACCACUUCCUGUUACGCUGGCUCCGAGCCAGAAACUUCAACCUGCAGAAGUCCGAGGCCAUGCUGCGAAAGGUAACGGGCCCGUGUUUGAAGAAUCAGCCGGUGUUACGUAACGAGCCAAAGCUCAGAACACCUGUGCAGCACCUGGAGUUCAGGAAACACUUGAAGGUUGACUCCAUCAUCUCAGACUGGCGCCCUCCGGAGGUGAUCGAGAAGUACCUGUCAGGAGGGAUGUGCGGCUACGACCGAGAGGGCAGCCCCGUCUGGUACGACGUGAUCGGACCCGUGGACCCUAAAGGCCUCUUCCUGUCCGCCUCCAAGCAGGACUUCGUCAAGUCCAAGAUCCGGGACUGCGAGAUGCUGCAGCGGGAGUGCAACCUGCAGUCAGAGCGGCUGGGCAGGAACGUGGAGUCCAUCACCAUGGUCUACGAUGUUGAAGGUCUGGGUCUGAAGCAUUUAUGGAAACCUGCCAUCGAAACAUACGGAGAGAUCCUCCAGAUGUUCGAGGAUAAUUACCCCGAAGGCCUGAAGAGGCUGUUUGUCAUUAAAGCUCCGAAGCUCUUCCCUGUGGCCUACAACCUCGUCAAACACCUUCUGAGCGAGAUCACACGACAAAAGAUCCACAUCCUGGGAGCCAACUGGCAGGAGGUUUUACUGAAGCACAUCGAUGAAGAGGAGCUGCCGGCCAUCUACGGAGGCAAACUGACGGACCCUGACGGAGACCCUCGCUGUCGGAACAGGAUAAACCACGUGGGACCCGUCCCCCCCUCUUAUUAUGUGCGGGACCACGUUAAGGUGGACUACGAGAGCUGCCUGACCAUCGGCCGGGGGUCCUCCCAGCAGCUGGACUUUGAGAUCCUGUUUCCGGGCUGCGUCCUGCGCUGGUAUUUUGCCAGCGAGGGGGCAGACAUCGGUUUCGGCGUGUUUCUAAAAGCUAAAAUGGGCGAGUGGAAGAAGGCCUCAGAGAUGCAGGAAGUGGUCCCCAGCGACAGGUACAACGCCCACCUGGUCCCGGAGGACGGCUCUCUGACCUGCGAGCGUCCCGGAGUCUACGUGCUGAGGUUUGACAACACCUACAGCAUCUUCCAGACCAAACGGGUCAGCUACACCGUGGAGGUCCUGCUGCCGGACCACCUGCAGUCCCCCAGCAGGAAACCUGGAGACCAACCGCAAGUCAACGGCAACAACAACAACAACAGCAGCUAGUCACAACAACAACAACAGCUAGUCACAAC